CUGACGAAUUUCCGAUUUUUUUUUCUUCUUCACGGAAGAACAACGAUGGCGUCUUGUAGUAAGGACCCAGUUGCCGCUACUGAAGAAGAAUCGACAGAAACUGCGACUUCCCAGAAGAGAGAAGAAAGACUACGUAAAUUCAGAGAGUUGCAUUUUAAACGGAAUGAAGCUCGUAAACUGAAUCAUCAGGAGGUGGUGGAGGAGGACAAGAGACUGAAACUUCCUUCAAACUGGGAAGCUAAAAAAUCCAGGUUGGAGUGGGAGCUUGCCGAAGAUGAAAAGAAAAAGGAAUGCGUGGCUCGUGGUGAGGACUAUCACAGAGUGAAGCUGCUGGAAAUCACUGCGGAUGAGGCAGAGCGAUGGGAGAGGAAGAAGAAGAAGAAGAAUCCGGACACAGGAUUUGCAGGUUAUGCAGAGGCCCAAUUCCGACAGUACCAGAGACUCACUAAGCAAAUCAGGCCAGAUUUGCAAAGCUAUGAGAAGCAAAGGGAGGAAAGCGGUGAGGAUUUCUACCCCACAUCCAAUAGCCUGAGCUACGGCAGCCAUGUUCCCACAAAGGACGGCAUUGACCGCAUGGUGGAGGAUGUUGAGAAACAGAUUGAGAAGCGUGCCAAAUACAGCCGGCGCAGGGCGUACAACGACGAUGCAGACAUCGACUACAUCAACGAAAGGAACGCCAAGUUCAACAAGAAGGCAGAGCGCUUCUAUGGCAAAUACACAGCAGAGAUCAAACAGAACUUGGAGAGAGGAACAGCCGUCUAGUCUGUCCCGUCACCUUUUUUUUUUUUUUUUUUUUUUGCUUGCUUUUAAGCAAUCUGAGUCCUUUGAUUGGUGGAUUUGAUCUGACAUGCAUCUCUUAUAUUUUGUCUUCUGUUACUUUGUACAGUAUUAAACCUUAGAAAAGAUAUUCCCCCUCCCUUUUUAAUAAACCAUGUCUAAUUACACAGUAA